ACCUUUUGACUGUUUAAGACUAUAAACCCAAAAAGUAAAAAUCGUAGGGUUUUUGACAUUUUUAUCACCUUCAUUUCAUCACUCUCUCUCCUACCUUCUUCACUGCAGACAACAAUGGAGUCGCACAAAGAAGAACCCAAUACUAACUUACUUGAAAAAAUCGACGCUUUAAAAGCUCAAAAAAGCGACAUUGAAGCUCGAAUUUCAGCCCUAGAAUCUCAGCUUCGAGAUUCUUCGAUUUCCAAACAAUCCCCAUGUAACGGUUCCUUCCCUUCAAUCUCCACCGUCGAUUCCAAUCGCAACCGCCAUGGAUUACCGUCCGAUGCUAUUUACCGUUAUAGUCGUCAUCUUUUGCUCCCCUCUUUCGGCGUUCAAGGGCAGUCAAAUCUGUUGAAGUCGUCAGUCCUAGUUGUUGGAGCUGGAGGCUUGGGAUCACCAGCUCUUUUGUAUCUUGCAGCUUGUGGAGUCGGUCGAAUAGGUAUUGUUGAUCAUGAUGUAGUGGAGCUUAAUAAUAUGCAUAGGCAGGUUAUCCACACUGAAGCCUACAUCGGCAAGUCCAAAGUAGAAUCUGCUGCUGCUGCCUGUCGCUCGAUCAACUCCACAAUUAAUAUUGUUGAAUAUAGGGAAGCAUUACGAACAUCAAAUGCUUUAGAGAUCUUUAGCAAGUAUGAUUUAAUAAUUGAUGCCACAGACAAUGUCCCAAUUCGAUACCUGAUCAAUGAUUGUUGUGUUGUGUUGAAAAAGCCUCUUGUAUCCGGUGCUGCUCUAGGAUUUGAAGGACAGCUUACCAUUUACAACUACAAAGGUGGCCCAUGCUAUAGAUGCCUUUUUCCAGCUCCACCACCCAUGACAGCAUGUCAAAGAUGUUCGGACAGUGGUGUCCUUGGAGUAGUUCCUGGAGUCAUUGGAACUUUACAGGCCCUGGAGGCUAUAAAAAUUGCUAGUAAUGUUGGUGAGCCACUUUCAGGACGGAUGCUUAUAUUUGAUGCAUUGUCUGGAAGGAUUCGUGUGGUCAAAAUAAGGGGACAGUCACCACAAUGUGAAGCCUGUGGAGAAAAAUCCGCAUUCACCCCUGAACACUUUAGAGAAUAUGACUAUGAGAAGUUCACCCAGUCUUCCCUGUCUACAGCUCCUCCCAAGUUGAACCUUGUGCCGGCAGAUUCAAGAAUUAGCUGCAAGGAGUACAAUGAGAAGGUUGUCAAUGGAGAAGCACAUAUUUUGGUUGAUGUUCGGCCUGCUCAUCAUUUUGACAUAAUCUCACUUCCCAAUUCUCUUAAUCUCCCACUCUCAAGUUUGGAGUCCCGAUUGCCAGAAAUCUCUGCUGCUUUGAAGGAAGAGGAAACACGUAGAGGCAUUUCCGGUGCUCAUCUGUAUACAGUUUGCAGAAGAGGCAAUGAUUCACAGAGAGCUGUCCAAUUACUACACAAUCAUGGCUUCACCACAGCCAAGGACAUUGUCGGUGGAUUGACAGCUUGGCAAAAAGAAGUUGAUCCCAACUUCCCUGCCUACUAAUGACAUUCACACAACUUCUAAUCUUGUUAUUCACUUUGUAGAUUAGAACCUUUUUUGGCAUGGUUUGAAACCUUGAAACUUAAUUUGCUCAUUGCCUCUUCUCAAGUUCCCAUUGUAUGACAAUGAUAUACUUCAUAGCAAAUUACAUAAUAUUUUA